AUGAUCUCAAAAUUCCUUUUCCAAUUAAUCAUAUUAUUGUUUUACAUAAGUUCAAAUGUAAAUGCACUUUGGCCUCUUCCUCAAUAUUGGGUAAAAGGUUCAAAAACCCUUUCAAUCUCGCCACACUUUUCUCUAAAACAAACUUCUGAAACUGAUUCUAUACUCAAUGCUAAAACCAAAGAAAUUCUCGAAUCAGCUAAAAAUCGUCUAUUAAAUUUCUUAACAUCAGAAAAAUAUGUUUCGCCAAAUGUUAAAUCUAUCGUUCCAAAAACCAUAGAUGAAUCAAACACGUUAGGAUGUCUAACUAUUUCAAUUACUACAAAUGCUUCAGAAUUAGAUUUAGGAAUUGAUGAAUCAUAUGAACUUAUAAUUCCUGAAUCACAAAAUGAUGAUGAUCCAUUAACGGCUUCUCUUAAAGCCGAAACCGUAUUUGGUGUCCUUCAUGGUUUAAACACAUUUUCUCAACUUCUAUAUUAUAAUAACUCUAAAUUAUUGUUGCCUUUUGUGCCACAUAACAUAAAAGAUUUUCCUCGAUUUUCACAUCGAGGUUUGUUAUUGGACACUGCAAGGAAUUAUUUUCCUGUAAAAGAUAUUUUGACGACGUUGGAUAUAAUGAGCUGGAAUAAGUUUAAUGUAUUUCAUUGGCAUAUUGUCGAUGCUACUAGUUGGCCUGUAGUUAGCGAAGUAUAUCCAGAUUUGAGUAAUAAAGGAGCUUAUGAUCCAGAAUAUAUGGUUUAUACUAAAAAAGAUAUCAAGAAGGUUAUCGAUUAUGCAAAGCUUAGAGGAAUUAGGAUUAUUCCGGAAUUUGAUAUGCCAGGUCAUACACAUUCCGUCGCAGAAAGCAUGCCGGAAAUCAUGUCAUGUAUAAAUAAACAACCAAUUUGGACUAAUUAUGCUGUUGAACCACCAAGCGGCCAAUUAAAUAUUGCAUUGCCCAAAACUUAUGAAUUUAUUCACAAUCUCAUUCCUGAGCUAACAUCCUACUUCACUGAUAAAUAUUAUCAUGCUGGUGGAGACGAAGUAAACAUAAAUUGUUGGAAUACCACACCAUCAAUCAUUGAAUAUUUAUCUCAAAAUCCGAAUUCCUCCGUUGAAACACUUCUCGCCAAAUUCAUUAACGAAACUCACGAAAUUGUUCGUAAAUCAAAAAAGACACCAAUAACGUGGCAAGAAAUGAUCGUUAAUCAUAAUCUGCCUUUGAUGAAGGAUAUUGUUGUUCAAGUUUGGACUACCAAAGACAUAGUUAAGGAAGUUGUGAGUAAAGGAUAUAGAGUCAUUGUAGGGAGCAGUGAUUUUUGGUAUUUGGACUGCGGACAUGGUGCAUGGGUUGGAAAUGAUAUUAAUGGUACUAGUUGGUGUGAUCCAUAUAAAACUUGGCAAAAAAUAUAUUCUUAUAAUCCAUUUGAUGGAUUAACCGACGAAGAAGCUAAAUUGGUUAUAGGAGGCGAGAUCCUAUUAUGGACAGAACAAGCUGAUCCAACAAACUUAGAAAAUUUCUUGUGGCCGCGUUCAUCCGCAGCUGCCGAAAUUUUGUGGUCUGGACCUUACGACACUUCCAAAAAAAUUCGAACUCCGGAUAAAGACGUAUUAGCGCGGUUAACAGAUUGGAGAUUUAGAAUGGUCGAUAGGGAUGUAAAAGCAAUCCCACUACAACCUUUGUGGUGCGCUCGCACAGGAAUGUGCGAUAUGCCCUAA